GUUUCUGUGAACAACUGGGACUUUAGUGAAGCAAAACAGAGAAGUGAGGAAGUGAACUGUACUGUUCUCAGCUCGUGUGAGGAGGAAGUUGCACCACGUUCACAGGUAGAAUUAAAGUAGCCACAGUGUGAUUGCCAACAUGUCUGUAGAUGGGACUAAGUUAUUGUUUGAGGGCUUUCUGCAGAAAAGAAAAGAUACUAUGAAAAUACGAUGGGUAACAUAUUGGUUCAGGCUUCAGAAUACAACCUUGUUUUUCUAUACACAGAAGAAUUGCAGUGCUGUAAGUAGAUGUUUGCUGUGGUAUAAAGUCCUUUUAAAAUCUACAUUGGUAAAUUAUAUUCAGACUCAAGUCAAAUUUCUUGCGACGGUCCUGCUUCUUGUUCUAUUAAAGAUCUUAAUGGUUUCUUUGCAGUCGCACCUGAGAGGAUAUUACUACAUUUACACAGUGCAGUCUGUGCGAGAGGUCCAGAGAUCCGAUGGCAAGCGCUUUAAGUUUGAGAUUAUCAUGACAAAUGGAAAGAGAAAGAUGUUGGCAGCAGAGACAGCAGCUCUCAGAAAGGAGUGGGUAGCACAACUAUGGCAAGCCAUGCAUCUCUCUGCCUUUGGGGUCUCAGACUCCAGAAGCACAGACCUGAAAGUGUGUGAGCAGCAGCAGGAGAGAUUUGACAGCACCAUGCCCGUCUACUCACACAGUGACAGCGUGUUGGAGUUGCUGCCUGCUCGGCCCUUUUCUGCCCCUCCUCCUUUAGGCCACAUCCAGCACGAGAGCAGUAGCAUCGCCUUCCCCGUCUGCCUGCAUCAGGGCCCGAGCAGUGAGGAGCCCAUAUACCAAAACACACUGCCAGCCUGUGACAGUCUCAACAAUCCCCAGUGGUACAGUGGGUUGAGCAGUGCAGAGGACAGACAAGAAGGAGACUAUGACGUUUUACCACUUAGAAACAAGAGAUGUGAGAUCAGUGUGUCAACAGAGAUGGAUGAAGAAGAAGAAGUGUAUGACGUCCCUCUUUCUUACAGGGGGGCUGAUGAGCAUCAUGACCCAACAGAGAGCAUCUACGACGUACCAAGUUCUUUGAGAAUGAUGCCUGAUCACACGACAGUCGCAGAUGAGCAGCAAGAGGAGGAAAUCUAUUUGUGGAUAUGAGGCAUCAUUCUGACGACACCAGCGAUGGGCUGGAGGGAAGCAGCUACCACCCCCGACUCAUGAUACAUGUAACUUUUGGACCACACACACAUCUCUUUGCUGCUGCCUUCGAAUAUCUGG